CUCGACUGGCAUUUCUUUGCUCGAUUAGAUCUUCUGAUGGAAGCGGACGAAACAAUGCUUGCACCGCACUCGGAUUUGGUCGGAGGCUCUCUGCCAAUUGAAGGUUUAAAAUUUCAUCAAUUUAACGAUUUUCACAUUUUCUAUUUAAAAUUGCUUAAUCCAUCUAAAAAGAUUUGAUUUUUGUGGUAGUUUGGUGCAAUAAUUUUUUAUUGGACAUGUUUAAUAACCAUUUCGUUUUCUUAUUUGAUUUUAAUUUUUAUAAAAUCAAAUAUAUGUUGAUUUUCUUGUAUCACACGAAAAGUAGUUAUUAAACGAACCUUAAUUAAUUGAAUUAUUUUUAUGACAAUAAAAAAUAAAAAAUGAAACGAUAAUCGAAUUUUUCUUUGCAAUUUUUUUUUUUUUUAAUUUAUGGUGUUUGUGUGUGUUGUUAGCAGCGGAAAUGGAGGACCUGGAUCCUCCACCCGUAGAUUUCACUUGGAAAAUUUUCAACUUUACUAGCCUGAGCGCAGAGAAGAUCUACUCUCCUGUCUUCACUGCUGGUGAUUAUAAAUGGCGGAUACAAAUGUUUCCAAGGGGAAACAAUGUGAAGGGGUUGUCCCUGUUUUUAGAUGUGGCGUAUUCUGAGACAUUGCCACACAAGUGGUGUAAAUGUGCGACGUUCAGCUUGACUGUAGUUAAUCAAAUCGAUAGCACAUACUCAAUAGAACGGGGCACAAAACACAUGUUCAAUGCAAGAGAGAGUGAGUGGGGAUAUUUAUUUUUCAUGCCUCUUGAUGAGCUUUAUGAGCCUAGCAUGGGCUAUCUGGUGAAUGAUACAGUCGUGAUUGAAGCUGAGAUACGGUUGAAUAACGAACAAAAAGAGGAAGAGGAAAGAAGAGAAAAGGUUUUAGCAAACCUUUAUACUCUUGUUAAGGUUGCUCGAGAUGAGGACCUGGCAGAACAGAUUGGAAGGGAUUUCCAUUUUGACCUUGUAGACCAUGACAAAGUCCAAGGUUUCUUCAUUCCGAAAAAGCAUCCCUUUUUUGCUUUCAAGGAGGUGGUGGCUAAAGAGUUUGGUAUUCCAGUGCAAUUUCAGCGCUUCUGGUUUUGGACUACUAGACAAAACUUCACAUAUCGCCUCCAUCGACCAUUGACACCUGAGGAAGAAUCACAAACAGUUGGACAACUGGUAAAUGUACCGCGUGAAUUUCACCUGCGGUUAGGGGACUAUUCAGAGCUAAGAUUGUUUUUGGAAGCAGAUUUUGGGCUGGAUCUACGUCCUAUUCCUCUGCCUGACAAAACCAACGAAGAUAUCCUUCUUUUCUUUAAGCUUUAUGAACCAGAGAAACAAGAACUACGUUUUGUUGGUAGGCUUUUUGUGAAGCUGGAUAGUGAGCCAAUAGAAAUUUUAUCAAAACUAAAUCAAAUAGUCGGUUUUUCUCCUGAGGAAGAGAUUGAACUUUAUGAGGAAGUAAAAUUCGGGCCAAGUGUAAUCGGUGAUCAUAUUGACAAGAGGACCUCAUUUCGAUUAAGUCAGUUUCAAGACGGGGACAUUAUAUGCUUUCAGAAAUCCACUACACAUGAAUUUAAUCAAGAUUAUAAAUAUUUUGAUGUCCCUUCGUUUUUGGAAUAUGUACGCUUUCGCCGGAUCGUUCAUUUCCGUUCUUUGGAUAAACCGACAGAGGAUGAUUUUAUUUUGGAGUUGUCAAGGCUAGACACUUACGAUGAUGUGGUGAAGAAGGUGGCUGGAAAAAUUGGUUUAGAAGAUCCUACCAAAAUCAGACUCACUGCUCAUAGCUGCUAUUCUCAACAACCUAAGUCUCUACCGAUCAAUUAUCGGGGAGUAGAGCAAUUAAAAUAUAUGCUCAUCCAUUACUAUCUAGUAUGUGAUAUUCUGUAUUAUGAAGUCCUAGACAUCCCGCUGCCAGAAGUGCAAGCCCUAAAAAGUUUGAAAGUUGAUUUUCAUCAUGCUACAAGAGAUGAGGUCCGUAUUCACAAUAUUAGAUUGCCCAAACACAGCACUGUUGGGAAUGUGAUAAAUAUACUUAAAAGGAAGGUCCAGUUGUCUCAUCCAAAUGCAGAGAUCAGAUUGCUUCAGGUUUACUAUCACAAGAUAUAUAGGGUCAUCCCAUGUAGUGAAAAAAUUGACAACAUAAAUGAACGGUGCUGGACUUUGCAUGCCGAGGAGAUUCCAGAAGAAGAGAAAAACUUGGGUCCUCAUGAUUGCUUGAUUCAAGUUUACCACUUCACAAAAGAGACUGCAGAGGACCAGCUGAUGCAAGUAAACAACUUCGGGGAACCUUUCUUCCUGAUCAUCCGUGAAGGUGAAACUUUAGCUGAAGUUAAAGUACACUUACAAAGGAAAUUGCAGGUCCCUGAAAAUGAGUUCUUGGAGUGGAAGUUUUUAUUUGUGUCAUUUGGUUUUAUAGAGUACUUGCAUGAUUCUGAUGUUGUUUCCAGCCGUCUUCAGAGAAGAGACGUUUAUGGCCGUGCAUGGGAGCAGUGCCUUGGGCUGGAGCACUCGGAAAACGCAACUAAGAGGGCUCAGCUAAGCGGUGCAGGAAAAGAGCUUGGCCAACACGAAGACAUCAAUGCUCGGAUGGGAGUGGCCGUGCAGAAAUGUCAAAAGAGAAGAUAUCUUGGCCAUCAUGAUGCAGAACUCGACGCUGGAACUGGCCCAAGUUAAGGCAAAUCAAGCAGAGCCAACGACGAAUCAAAAUACUGAAGUAGAUGAAUAGAACCUGUUAAGCAAAGGUUUGCAGAUACCUCAUGACAAUCCGAAAGCUCCAGUCAGGCAGGCCAUUUUGACAGAACAAAAUGGGUGUCUUAGUUGGAACCUGUGUUGUUGUACAAUAUGAUCUGAAAAAGUACUUUUUAAGUUUUAUGAACUUUUGCUUCUGUGAGUAGCCAUUCUUGGCUCAAAUGUUUGUAUGAGUGUGCAAAGCAUAUACAUAGAAACGAUGCCGUUCUUCUCUGUUAUGUUCAAACAAUAUUUACAGCAUGUAUCAGUAACCCAAGUAUUAUUAUGUGACCCUAGUUGGGUUUAUCUGGUGAAUUAUAGUCUUUACUUCUAAAUUUAGUUGGAGCAUCUCCAAUGGGAGAUUCAUGAUGCUUUGAAAUGGGCAUUUUAUAUAUUUUUUUUGUUGGCCAUAAAACUCUUUAGUAAGGAUAUGUAAAACACCCAUCUUGGGCGGAAUAUGCAAAUAAAAAUAAAAAUUUUAUGUUUUUUUUAUUUUUAUUUUUAUUUUUGACAUCUUUUGGAGGUGAAUCCCGCCAGAAAUGGGACUCAAACCUUAAAUCUUGUAACAACCCGUCCCAGAAUUGACGGAACGGAAGUGCAUUUUCGUAUUUCAAUCCACUUUGGGUUGUAA